AUGUUGGAGACUGAGCCCACAAAAUACGUAGUUGAGUGGAAAAGAAAGAGUUCAUGCAAAUGCUCAUGGAGGUUACGUGCAAUCAAGGAUCCUUGUCUUGCGUCAUUCAGAAUUGUGAGGUAUAAUGGACCUCAUGCAAGUAAUUGUGUGGGUGACAUAAACUCAAUCGAUCAUCAUCUUUUCUCCUCUGAUUUUGUAUGCAGUGUGAUAAAAGAUCUUAUUCGUGCCGAUCCUUUGAAAAUCCAUACUAUUGUGCAAGGGGUGAAAGACAAGUUUCAGUAUACCAUCACUUACAAGAGAGCUUGGUCAGCGAAACAAAAGGCAAUUGCAAGCAUUUUUGGUGAUUGGGAGAAAUCUUACAAAAGAUUGCCUAAUUACAUGCAAACAAUAAAAGAGUCUACAGGAACCGUCGUGGAACGGUUUACUCAGAGAGAAGGUUUGUGUGUCAUUUCUGAUAGACAAGCAAGAAUUUUGCAAACAAUGAAUGAGGUCAAUAGUGGGUGGGAGGAGCCACGUUCCCACUAUCGAUUUUGUACUUGUUACCUUGCCUUUAAUGUCAACACACGGUUCAAGAAUGCUUAUGUGAAGAAACUUUUCGGAAAAGCCGCAGAUGUUCGACAAAGAAAGAAGUUUGAUUACUACUUGGGAAGAGUCGGUGAAUUGAAUGUUGAAGGAUUGUAUGUCAUUUCUGAUAGACAUGUAGGAAUUUUGCAAACAAUGAAUGAGGUCAAUAGUGGGUGGGAGGAGCCGCGUUGCCACCAUCGAUUUUGUACUCGUCACCUUGCCUCUAAUGUCAACACUCAGUUUAAGAAUGCUUAUGUGAAGAACCUUUUCGGAAAAGCCGCAGAUGCUCGACAAUGA